AUAACCUGCAAAAGAUUACUUUAAUAUAAUUAAUAAUAGAAAAUGAGCUCACAUAUAACUGAAACCGAAGAGAAGAAGUUGGAAUUGAUGCUAGGAGUCUCUGAUAUAGAUGACUUCCAAUUCGAAGACAUCACCUGAGGCCAGCCCAUCCAGUUUACAAGCUUGUAUGAGUACAAAUAAGAUCUUGGGAGUCGGAGGCUUUGGACUAGUCAUAGCUGUGUAUGAUAAAGAGCUAAAGACAGACCUUGCUAUCAAGAUUAUCACCAAUACAUCAAAAACCAAAGUCUUGGAUUCUUUGAAGAAAGAAGCAGAGAUUCUUGAGAGUCUUGACCAUAAGAAUAUUGUUGGAUUUAAGUACUUUAAGCAAUAUCAUAACUGAUUCCUUCUUGCCAUUGAGUGGUGUCAAGAAGGCAGUCUUCUCUGAUGGUUAAAGGGGAAAGACGAAGAAAGAUUAUUAAUACUUGAGACAAUUAAGAAUGCUGAAAAGGAGAAAUCCCAAGUUUCAAUCACCUUAACUGAGAAGGAAUCUGAAGAGUGUUGCCAUCACCAAUGCAAGAAUCUAGAUCAUUGUAUUCUGAAGCAGUUCUACAAAACACAUGAAAAUGAAUGAGCUGACAUUAUGAAACAGCUGUUUGAAGGUCUAAGAUAUUUGCAUGAAUCUAAAGACAUAAUGCAUCGUGACAUAAAGCCUGGAAAUAUCCUUCUGCAAAAAUUGAAAAGAGGUAGCUUCAAGCAUAAGAUAACUGUUGAUAACCUAGAUGAUGAUUCUGAAGAAGACAAGGAAUUUAAUGUGGUGAAGUACAACGAUUCUAGGCUUACUGGCUCAACCCAUGACACAUUGAAAGAAACUUUUGACUACCAAAUAAAAAUAUGAGAUUUUGGGCUAUCCAAAAUAGCUAAGGAAGGAAUUUAUGAGUACAAUAUUGAAGCAGGUGGGACUCGGCUCUACCAAUCCCCUGAGCAAGCACUUAGCCAAGGGUACAGCAAGCCUGUUGAUAUUUGGGCUGCAGGGAUUGUAAUGUUUUUCAUUCUCACUUUCGGGCAACAUCCCGUGACUUCCAACGAAACUGAGAAUAACGAAGGAAUUGACAAUUUGAUCAAGAAAAUCUCAAAAUUGCAGAAAGAAGAUCUUAAUUUUAAGCUGCUGGAUAAAUAUUAUUGGAAAAAGGCAUCUAAUCUUUGUGGAAGAUUAUGAGAAAUAAAAGCGAACCUGAGGUAUCAAUGAGCAAAUGCUUUGAUGCACCCAUGGGUCACUCGUGAUGAGAACGGCUGAGUGCCCUUAAAUUUCCACGACCAAAUGGAAAUGACCAAUAAACUAUAUGAUAAGUUUAAAUAGUGUUCAGAAUUUGAUGCUUUCUGUUGCAGUUUUAAGGAAUAAAUUUAUGAAGAAAACUAAGGACUCCUUGCUAGAUGAGUACAAGUACCAAAUUACCAAGGAGGAAUUCUUAGACUUCACCCCAACUCCAAAGAAGGACGAGAAAGAGCUGGAUGAUUUUAACUCUUUUUCCCAAAACGUGAUGUACAAUGCUUGUAAACUGAAACCUAAUAAAACUAAGAAGGUGAUAAAGAAGAUUAAGAACCAGUCAAAAUUGUUCUCGCAUCCAAACAUGAUGAUUAAGACUAAGCCUCAAAGUUUAUAUCCAAGCAAGCCUAACACUCGAUUUCUGAAAUGAGGGUCUGCUAUGAACCUGAGUCCAAACACCUCUAAGAGUGUCUCUAAAAAGAGGAAAUUAUCAUCAGGGAGGCCCUUAAGCUCGAAAGUAUCAAAGAAAAAGGUGAAGCUCCAGACCAUGAAAUCAACGAAGGCAGGAGCCAACCAGCUGAAUCCCAAAGCAAGCCUGAAGAUAAUGAAGGAGCUUGGAAAGUCAAGAACAGGCAUCCCAAUUAAUAAAAAAAGAAAAUUACCUUCCAAAAGGAUUGACUGAGCAAAUGCUAGAAACAUGAAAUCGUCCAAAAAGAUCAGUAUCAGUGAAGAUUCUGAAUCUCCGCUAUUAAGGUCUUCAAAUUUGAAAGGGAAGAGUAACCCUAUCAUGUUGUUUAAGACUGGGAACAAAAAGUUUGAUAUCCCGAUAAGGAUGCCUAAGUUUGACGAUACCUCGAGUAUUACUAUUUCAGAGGAGAAUACUCACAAAACGCCUUCUGAAGAUGUUGAUCUCGAACGGAUGCUGAAGAAAUGUAGUCCUAAGACUAACAAAAACAGGAUGAUUAUUAAGCACUCCUUGAGUAAGGAAAAUGAUGAGUUAAAGGACUCUAAUGACCCUGUAUUUCCGACUAUGAGGAACCAUAUGGUCACUGAGAAAAGGAGCAGCUGUAAGAAUAUCCCAGUGAUAAACCAUUUCAAACUUAAUCGUCAAGCCCAGAAGAAGUAUCACCCCAACCAGAUACAGGAGAAAGUUAAUAGAGAAAGAGAGGUGAACUACUUAAAGAGCACUAUUGGAUCGACCACAGGUCUUGGCAACAUAAAAACCCUGGAGGUUAAUAUCUUCAAGGCUCCAAGGAAGUCUUCAUGAGGUGGAGUUGAGCCCCCCAUCCCUAUGACUCCUGUCCAGAAGAAAGUGCAUAAAGAGGUCCAGCAGCAAGGGAUUUCUCAGACAGAAAAGGGGCUUGGUAAUUGGUCGAGUAAGAAGUCAGUGCCUCGGAAGUUAUCGUCACUUGAGAGUGACCUCUACAGCUAGCUAAUACUUGUCUAAUAUUCUGAUACUUCUACUGCUAGAUUUCUCUAUGGGCUUGG